AUGUUGGAGAAGCACAUCACCUGGCGGCGAGGCCCAGGGCGCCCGGUGCAGGAGGAGCAUCACGGAGUGCAGGUCAACCUGCGGCACAAGAAGGUGUUCUUGCAAGGUCUGGACAAGACCGGGCGCCCCAUCGUGUUGGGGGUGGGGGCACGACACCGCAAGUUUGAAAGCAAGGAGGAUGCGAUGGCGUUUUGCAUCUAUGCCCUGGAUACCGCCGUGGCCAUAGGGAACUCGCAUGACGACUGGGACGGGAAGUUCACAGGCGUGUUCGACUUGCGGGAUCUGGGCAUGAAGAACGCCGACCUGACGGCGCUGCAGGUCAUGUUCGAGCUCCUUCAGAACCACUAUCCGGAACGCCUCGGCCAGUUGUUCUUGUACGAGGCCCCUAUGGCCUUCUACGCGUUGUGGCGAGCGCUGGGCCCCUUCAUUGACCCCGUCACGAAAACCAAGAUCCAUUUUGUGUUCGCCAAGAAUGCCCAUGUGGAGUUUGAGAAGGUCUUUGACUUGCAGUUGCUACCGAAGGAUCUUGGGGGGGAGGGUGACUGGCAUCCUAUCGAGGAGGCGCACCGCAAGGCAGUGGAGCGGAUGACGAAGCGCGUUGGCGAGCAGCCGGCACCCGGCGGGAGCCCGGCCGGAGGCGACGAAACGGUGGCGCCGGUGCCUUCGCAGGCCAUCUUGGCCUCGACAUAG